AGUGAGCUGAUUGCCUAACUGUCUGUAGAUGGCACUAGUCUAGCGUGCUGUGUGUUUAGAGAUAGGGAUCGACGUUGGUGCGUUUGGCACAUUGUUUCGAGUAAUUUGUAUUUCCGAGCGCAAAGGCACACAAAACCAAAAAUCUAACCAAAAAUAUUAUUAAUAACAAGAACAAAUAUAUAAAGCUGUGAUAAAACCAAACAAUUUGUGUUCUUUGCUACGAAAUCGAAUUUACGUGUCUUUGUGUGCGUUAUAAUGUUUUAUAAUUGUUUGGGGCUUAAGGCCCUACUGUUGUUCUUCACAUUUUGCCUGCUUCUGCGACAUGCACAAAUGUCGGCAGAUGCGGCAAUAACGCCAACCCCAAUCUUACCCAGCACCGAAAGUGCCAAUGAGGAAUUGAAGACUCCCAUGCAAGCGAACGACAUGAAGAUGACGGCAGCCGCUAAGGAGACCAGCGCGAGCAUGUCCGCAAUGAUGAACGAUGAGUCGGCGGCAAAGAAGGCGAAAAUCAUGACCGACACAGAGACUACAGCGAGCGAGAAAAUGGAGCACAAAGAGAAAGACUGGUGGAAGCACAUGAUACUCUAUCAAAUCUAUCCGCGCUCGUUUAUGGACAGCAAUGGCGACGGUGUGGGUGAUUUGCAAGGUAUUAUUAUGAAGCUACCCUAUCUCGCUGAGACUGGUAUUCACGCUGUUUGGUUGAGUCCCAUUAACAAGUCGCCUAUGGUUGAUUUCGGCUAUGAUAUAAGUGAUUACAAGGAGAUCCACGCGGAAUACGGUACAAUGAAAGAUAUGGAAAUGCUGAUAACGGAAGCGAAACGUUUAGGCAUUAAAAUUAUCAUGGACUUUGUGCCGAAUCAUACUUCAAAUGAAAGCGAGUGGUUCGAGAAGUCGGUCAACAAGGAAGACGGUUAUGAAGACUACUACAUUUGGGCUGAUGCCAAGUUGGAUAAGAAUGGCAAGAAGAUGCCACCAAAUAAUUGGCAAUCUGUGUUUUAUGGUUCCGCCUGGACAUGGAAUGAGAAGCGCAAUCAAUACUAUCUACAUCAGUUUACGCCCGCACAACCGGAUCUGAACUUCCGCAACCCUAAAGUGGUCGAGGCCAUGGACGAGAUCUUGCACUUCUGGUUGGAUAAAGGCAUUAACGGUUUCCGUGUCGAUGCCGUCAAUCAUCUCUUCGAAGACGCUAAGCUACGUGAUGAGCCACUAACUGGCAAAACCGAUGAUAAGCUCUCCUACGACUACACCAAACACAUUUAUACCAAAGAUAUGCCAGAAGUACUGGAUAUGUUGCAACAUUGGCGUAAACUACUCGAUGAUUAUACCGCUAAGAAUGGUGGACCCGCACGCAUACUGAUGACCGAGGCCUAUGCCGAUUUGAAAACGCUCAUGGACUACUAUGAAACCAAAGACGGCAAACGCGGUUCCCACUUCCCAUUCAACUUCAAUUUCAUCACCGAUUUGGAUGAGAAUUCCGAUGCGCGCGACUAUGUCUUCAACAUACAGAAAUGGCUGACAUAUAUGCCACGCGAACACACAGCCAACUGGGUCAUGGGAAAUCACGAUAAUAUGCGCAUGGCCACGCGUUUCGGUCCGAAGCGUGUCGAUGCCAUGCAUAUGCUGAUGAUGACGCUGCCUGGUGUGGCGGUCACCUACAAUGGUGAGGAAAUUGGCAUGCAGGAUUACCGUGAUAUCAGCUGGGAGGACACUGUCGACCCACCUGCACGCAAUGUGGGACGUGAAAAGUACAAAGACGUGUCUCGUGACCCGGAGCGCACACCCUACCAAUGGAAUACGCAAAAGAAUGCGGGCUUCUCCACCGCCGAAAAGACCUGGCUGCCCGUGCAUCCUAACUACAAAAAUCUAAAUCUCAAGCAACAAAAAUCAGAGAAGAGCCACUAUUCGGUGUAUAAAUCUUUGAUCGAACUGCGUAAGAUGCCGGCGCUAUGCAAGGGACGCUUCCACGCGGAGGUCUUGGAUCGCGAUGUGUUUGCUUUCGAAAGAGAGCUCAAGGAAGACAACUCCAUCAUAACUGUCAUCAAUAUUGGUCCACGCGCACGCGCCGUCAAUUUGACCGAAGUCUUCCAGCUGAAGUACCAACAGAAGCUGACCGUGAUGGUUGCUGGCUCCAAGUCCACGCAUGAAACUGGCACACAGCUGAGCCACAAUGCCACAUGCCGCUUGAGCCCCUACGAAGGCAUUGUUUUUGACAUCACUGCACCUGACAAUAACGAGUCGCACAGCAACAGCAACCUGGUUUACCGACGCACCGUUGUCAGGUUGUUAAUUAAAUCGGUGAGCAUAAUUUUGGUGGCGCUGCUCGUGCAUCAGUCGUCGACGAAGAAGUGGACUCAGCUGCGCUGCUGGAAUCGCAUUGACAGGCGAAAUAAUGAGCGCGGAUUUCGAGGGUAAAAUUCUGUUAUUUUC